GUCGCUAUUUGAAUCCUGGAGCUCCGUAGAAGGCGCUCCGACACGAAACAAAGAGCAGACUGCUCAAGCACUGACCUGACUGAACCGCCAGCUUUACUUUAAAUGAUGGGCAAAAAGCACAAGAAACACAAAUCAGAGAAGCACACACACGACGAGCGUCCUCUGAAGCUGGUGUUGAAAGUGGCUGGGAAUGAGGUCACCACCGGCAGCCCUAGCCUCGAGAGCGUUUACGACGACUCUGUAGAUUACGACAAACACAAAGACAAGAAAAAGAAGAAGAAAAAGAAGGAUGAGAAGGACAGAGCCAGUCCUCCAGUGUCACUGGCUGAAAAAAAGAAAAAGAUGACCAAAAAAAGAAAGGGCCCAGACUCCGAUGUGUCCCAGGACAAGCCCCUCACUCCCUCACUUGCCAGAAUGGAAGAAAAAGAGCAGACGCCUCUACAGGAAGCUCUGAGUCAGCUCAUUCGACAGCUCCAGAGGAAGGACCCAAGUGCGUUCUUCUCAUUUCCUGUGACAGACCUGAUCGCUCCAGCAUACUCUCUCAUUAUAAAGAGACCCAUGGACUUCAGCACUAUGAAGGAGAAAGUGAAGAAGGAGCGAUACCAGUCACUUGAGGAGCUCAAGCUGGAUUUCAAAGUGAUGUGUGAGAAUGCUAUGAUCUACAACAAACCAGAGACGAUUUACUACAAAGCUGCAAAGAAACUCCUUCACUCCGGAAUGAAGAUCUUGAGCACGGAGAGACUGGACAGUUUAAAACAGAGCAUCGAGUUCAUGGCUGGCCUGCAGACAUCCAGCAGUCAUUCAGCAGAAGAUGGAGAGGAUGAGGGCGGGACAUCAGACGCUGCCAAAGAGAACUCAUCUGUUAUGGACACAAGUGACAACUCCCAAUCACCCCGUGUCGGGAACAAAGAUACGCCAAGCAGGGACAGUAAAGAUGAUGCUAAGAGCCAAGCAGAGAAAGACCUGGAGGAGAUCAAGAAGAUGGUUGAGGAUUCUGAAGGGAAACUCUCAAACAGAAGCCUGCAGUGUGAGCUGGAGUUUGAGAGGAGGAAGUCUGAUGGUUCAACCACUCUGGGCAUUGUGAACCCCGCCGACCUGAGCGCUGGAGAUCCAGGAUACUGCCCAGUCAAAUUGGGAAUGAUGGGAGGGAGACUGCAGACUGGAAUCAACACCCUUCAGGGUUUCAAAGAGGACAAGAGAAACAUGGUCACUCCAGUUGCCUAUAUGAAUUACUGCCCAUUCAGCUCAUAUGCUCCUACCUAUGACUCCAGUUUUGCCAAUAUCAGCAAAGAGGACUCUGAUCUCAUUUACUCCUUCUAUGGAGAGGACAGCAGUCAGCCAGAAUCUGAAAGCAUUGCAGAUUACCUGGCUAAAUCGGAGGAACACAUGAGCAGGUUGGCAGAUAAUGUAUUGGACGCUUUGACCAGUGGAGAGCACUCAAGACAGCUGAAAGAAACAGAAACUGGUAAUCUGCCCACGGAGGAGACUGCAGAGAAAGUAGACGCAACAGAUGAUGCUGAGGUUGUUGUGUCAGAGCCCAGCAGUGGUGAUAGUGUGACGGCUCUUGGUUCUUUGGGUUUGAAUCCUGACCUGCUUCCUGAGAACUCCGACUCGGAAGGAUCAGAGCAUUUCCAGCAGAAGCUGGAUGAGACAACAGUGUUGCUGAGGGAGCUGCAGAAGGUUCAGAAAGAAAGACUAAGCGCUAAACAGCCGCCAAACAUCAUCUGCUUACUGGCUCCUACUGCUAAAGAGCUGCAGCUUGCGGAGAAAGUUACAGGUAACCUGGCCCAGCUGACCAGUCAGGUGACCCCUGGUGAUGUGUGCAGUGUGUAUGGUAUCAGAAAGGCCAUGGGGAUCUCGCUACCUGACCAUACUGCACAGGACUCGUUCAUACACCUGACCGCAGUGGGAGAUAUGACUGAACCCAUGGAGGGAGUGUGUUGAGAUCCUCCAUCACUGCAGUCGAUCAGUUCUGCUUCUUCCAUGUCAUCCCUCAAUGCUGCUGUUUCUAAUUUACUUUUCUGUUUCAUUAAAUAAGCAUCUUUUUUU